GACUCCAGUGAGAGCAAGUUGUCAGUUUCCCCAGUUAACCCUGCACUGUGUUCAGUCUGUUUUUAAGUCUCGCUUUGGUUUGAACUGUGUUAUAAUUCGGGGGCUGAGGUUUCUGCAGUCAAGAUGGGAGUGCCGAAGUUUUACCGCUGGAUCUCGGAGCGCUAUCCGUGUCUGAGUGAAGUUGUGAAGGAACAUCAGAUUCCAGAAUUCGACAAUCUCUACCUGGACAUGAAUGGGAUCAUCCACCAGUGUUCCCACCCCAACGACGAGGACGUCCACUUCCGCAUCUCAGAGGAAAAGAUCUUCGCAGACAUCUUCCACUACCUGGAGGUGCUCUUCAGGAUCAUCAAGCCGCGCAAGGUCUUCUUCAUGGCUGUGGACGGCGUGGCGCCGAGGGCAAAAAUGAACCAGCAGAGAGGACGCAGAUUUAGGUCCGCCAAAGAAGCAGAGGAUAAGAUAAAAAAAGCUCUAGAUAAAGGAGAGGUGCUUCCCACAGAGGCUCGCUUUGAUUCCAACUGUAUCACUCCUGGCACUGACUUCAUGGCGAGACUCCAGGAGCAGCUCAAAUAUUUUGUCCACAACAAGCUCUCCACUGACAGGCUGUGGCAGGAUGUCAGCGUCUACCUGUCCGGUCAUGAGACACCAGGGGAGGGAGAACAUAAGAUCAUGGAGUUUAUUCGCUCUGAGAACGGCAAGCCGAGUCACAACCCUAACACCCGACACUGCCUAUACGGUCUAGAUGCUGAUCUGAUCAUGUUGGGUUUGACCAGCCACGAGCCAAAUUUCUCCCUGCUCAGAGAGGAGGUCCGCUUCGGAGGAAAGAAAAACCAGAAAAGGAUAACAGCUCCAGAGGAAACAACUUUCCACUUGCUACACUUGUCUCUCAUGAGGGAGUACAUUGAUUAUGAGUUCUCUGACAUCAGGAAACACAUUGGGUCUGACUAUGACUUGGAGCGAAUAAUAGACGACUGGGUUCUAAUGGGGUUCCUCGUGGGGAACGAUUUCAUCCCUCACCUUCCUCAUCUUCACAUCAACCACGACGCUCUGCCACUGCUGUAUAAGACCUACAUCAGUGUACUGCCCAGCCUGGGGGGUUAUCUGAAUGAGAAUGGCCACCUCAACCUUAGGAACUUUGAGAAAUACCUGGAGAAACUUGCUGAGUUUGACCGGGAACAUUUUAGUGACGUGUUUGUGGACCUGAAGUGGUUCGAGAGUAAAGUCGGUAACAAGUAUCUGAACGAGGCGGCGGGCCUGGCAGCAGAGAAGGAAGCUGCCAGCAAAGACACCAACAAGGAGGAUUCGUCUCUCUGUCUGGCAGCUCUGACCUUAUCAGACAGAGUGACGGAAGGAGGUAAAGGAGCAGCGGCAGAAGACGAGGAAGAAGAGGAGGAUAUGUUUGAAACGGAGUUCAGACAGUACAAACGCACAUACUAUAUGACCAAAAUGGGCGUGGAUGUUGUGUCAGAUGAGUUUCUAGCCCAGCAAGCCAAAUGUUACGUGGAAGGUAUCCAGUGGAUUCUGCACUACUAUUACCAUGGCGUCCAAUCCUGGAGCUGGUUCUACCCCUACCACUACGCUCCCUUCCUGUCCGACAUCAGGAAUAUAUCCGGGUUAAAGUUGACCUUCGAUCUCGGAAAACCCUUCAUGCCCUUCCAGCAGCUGUUAGCGGUCCUGCCUGCUGCCAGCAUGGCGCUGCUGCCAGAGAGUUACAGGCACCUGAUGACCAGUGAAAAUUCACCUAUUAUUGAGUACUACCCUCUAGACUUUAAAACAGACCUCAAUGGGAAGCAGCAGGAGUGGGAGGCUGUGGUGCUCAUUCCCUUCAUAGAUGAGAGAUGCUUGCUGGCAGCCAUGGAGCCCUGCAAUCAUAAGCUGACUAAAGAAGAGAAGGCCAGGAACUGUCACACAGAGUGCGCCGUCUACACGUACGACCCCGAAAUAGACUCCUCCUACAGCUCCAGCCUGCCUCAGUUGUUCCCCGACAUCGUCCACUGCCACGCCAGGAAAGCAAGCAUCGCCAUGGAUGCCUGGCACGUGGGGUUAGAUCACGUGGGCAGGCGCAUGGAUAAGUCGGCUCUGUACUUCUGCGGCUUCCCCACCCUGCAACACAUCAGACACAAGUUUUACAAGAAGAAGAGCGGCGUGGUCGUGUUCCAGCAGAGCAGCAGAGGGGAGAACACGAUCCUGGACAUCCUCCCCAGCCAGGAAGGAGAGCCGGUCUGUGAUGACGUUGCUGCACGAGUACUCGGCAAACCCGUGUUUGUCAACUGGCCGCAUCUAGAGGAAGCUCGUAUCAUCGCGGUGUCGGACGGAGACACAAAGUUUUCUCUAGAGGAACCGCCGGGUGUCCAAAGAAUCUAUGACAGACCCUCCACUCCCCCUCCCACCAAAGUCAACCGCCUGUCAGACAAGGAGCAGAAGGAUUGGGUGAAAGACGUCCAGGGAAUCACUGAAUAUUUCAUGAAGAGGAAAGGCAUCAUAGUGAAUGAGACAGUGGUGGUUUUGUACGGCCAGACGCUGACGGGAAGGAAAUACGUCCCCAAAGCCAACGGGGUGGUGGAGCUAGAGAAACAGUGGUCCAAACAAGUCCUUCCUUUCGCCUACCAGACUGUGGUUAAGGACAUCGAGGCCUUUUACUCGUCCCUGACCUGCUUUAAGAGCUUAGACGAGCUCUUUCCUCCAUCAACUACCGUCUUCAUGGUGGGGAACCCGUACUACGGUGCCAUUGGAGAGGUGCAGGACUCCAGUGAUGUCAUCAAAGACGGCCGGGUCCGUGUGGUCUUCAACGUGCCGCACGAGCCUCAGCUGGAGCCCUUAAUUCAGAACCAGCAUAAAUACUGUGUGAAGUACAGUCCCGGAUACGUCCUGGCAUCUCGCCUCGGCGUCACCAGCUACCUCGUCUCCCGCUUCUCGGGAAGUGUUUUCAUUGGCAGAGGAUCAAAGAGGAAUCCCUGCGGUGAGCAAAAAGCUAACGUUGGCCUGAAUCUGAAGUUCAACAAGAAGAAUGAAGAAGUUCCCGGAUACACCAAGAGAACUGAAAAAGAGUGGCUGUACUCUGCUGCUGUGGAGGAACUGCUCGCUGAAUACCUGGAUCGAUUUUCCGAGGUAUUAAACUCAGUGUCCAGAAACAGCCAUGAUGAUGUUUUCUAUGAGGAUGACAUCUGGCCUGGAGAGGACCAGAACGGGGCCGAGAAGGUGUCUGAAAUCACCUCGUGGUUGAAAAGCCACCCAGUCAGCUCCAUCAGCAGGUCGUCAUGUGACCUGCAGGUGCUGGACACGGCCAUCGUUGAGAGGAUCGAGGAGGCAGUGGAGAAAUCCAAGGUGAAGAAGAGCACGAAGAAAGUCCGUGUGACUGUCAAGCCUCACCUUUUGUUCAGGCCGUUGGAGCAGCAGCAGGGUGUGGUCCCGGACCCCGAUGGCGAGUAUCGCCUGUUUGACAGAGUCAUCAACGUGAGGGAGAGCUUCACCGUCCCUCUGGGACUCCGAGGAACCGUCAUCGGCAUUAAAGGAGCUGAGCGGGAGGCAGAGGUUCUCUAUGAGGUGCAUUUUGAUGAGGAAUUUGCUGGAGGUCUCAACAUCAGGUGCGCGUCACUCCGUGGUUACCGCCUCCCUCCCUGCGCUCUCAUCAACCUCUCCCACGGCGCCCGAGUGGAUCACACCUCCCACAAGCUCACCGCCAUCGUCAAACCUCAGCCCGCCGCGGCCGGCAACUAUAACUCCCAGCGGCAGAUGGGCGGCCUCAACCACUCACCGCGGUCACCCUUCAUACCAACACAACACAACAACAAACACAACACGGCGAAAGCAGCGUCCCAAGGCAACAGGAGCUCUCCCUCUAAGGGUCCCAUCCAGAAACAACAGGCCAAGGGUAAAGAAGAGUACAGUAAUGUGUGGCAGACUCUGCAGAACUCAGGACCUCCUACCAAACCUCCUGCUCACUGGCAAAAUAAUGCCCCAACUGGUAACAUCAGGCUAUUGAAGAAAAAUGAAGAUGCCAACUCUCUUUUACCCACACAGAACACAGCCAAUAAGAACACCACUGAGUUUGAGGACCUGAUAGCCAGUCUCAUGAUCUCCAAGGGUACCCCACCUCCUGCUGCCCCUGCACAAGCACCCACCAGCCAAUCAGACGGGCCGUUGUCUCCACAGUCCUUUGCCAUGAAGGGAACCAUGAUGCUGAAGGAGAUGCUGAAGAUUGACAGCGCUGGAACAGGAAGUCCCUCCCCCCAGGAGAUGGCCUCCUCUGCGGGUCAGCAGCAGAACAGGAGACGAUCAUCCAAAAAACUAGCUGCAAACAUGAACGUCCCACACGGAGACACAGCUUCACCAGUUCCUCCUGCGUCCUCCACCUCGGCCAACCUCCCCAACCCCAUGCUGGCCAGUAAGGUGUCAGAGCUGGCGUGUGUGUGUGUGGGGUUGGGCAUGGCACCACCCGAUUUCAGCCUCAUAAGGAACAGACAGGGUCUGGUGGUGUGUCAGGUGAAGCUGUCCAACGGGUUAAUGGUUCACGGUCCACAGUGUCAGUCAGAAAAUGAUGCCAAGGAGAAAGCUGCUUUCUUUGCCUUACAAAGACUGAACUCUGUGGGCUCAGGCUUCCCCCUCCCACCUCCUAUGUUCCCCGGGAUGGGCCAGAUACGACCUCCACCUAUCGGAGCCAUGAACCCGGUCUUCAACCAAUCAAGUGGCUUGCUGUUGCCCCCCCAGGGUUACCCCGCACCUCUAUGGGGGAUGCCUCUGCCUCCCCACCACCACCAGAACCAACCGUUCUUCGGAGCUACUGGGACCUUCCCCGGUGCUGCUCGCCCCCAACCUGCCACAUCACUGCCCAUCGGCUCACACAACCAGUUCAUCCCGUUACAGGUGACUAAGAAGCGAGUCUCGGCCAAUAAGAAGAACCAAGAUACCCGAGAGUUCUACAGCGCCGCCCACACCGUUGCCAGGAACCAAUCACAUAAAACCCAAAACCAGGCGUCCGGCCAAUCAGACCAGCCCCACCAACAGCCCGCCAGCAGCAACCCCUCCUCAACCAGUCCCAGCCCAGCAGACGCCGUGCCCAUGACCCCUCCUCGGCAAAACCCCCCAUCGACAGGCCACACCCCCGGCUCAUCCUCCAAGAGGAAGCACAGGAAGCUGGCUGUCAAUUUUGAGGCGGCUAAAGUCUCUGAGUGAUGAGCUGCUGUGUGUGUGUGCGUGUGUAUGUGUGUGUGUGUGUGUGUGUCUAGGAGAGCGCGAGAUAGGCUCAGCUGUAUUAAGGCCUGACUCAGCAUCUCUGAUCAAAACCUCCGUCAUUGUGAAACAUUUUCACGCAACAUUUCAGCGCAGAAAGCAGCUUCAGUCAAAACAUUGGGUCAUAUUUUCAUGUUUUACUAACAGGAACAUUUCCCUCUUUUAAUUACUUGUCAUCUGCCUCUAAUCGCACAGAUUAAACAUGGCAUCUCUUCACCUCUUCGCUUUAGGUCAGGUACACUUGUUCAUCAAAAGUUUGCUCCAUUCUGUUAAAGUGAAACAAACAUUUCACAAACAUUUUCAUGAGGAAGGAAGCAUACAUUUUAUUUCAACUUGUGUUCUUUUUGUGGUAGCUGUGGCUAUAAGUUCUAACAGCAAAGUAAACAUCGCAAGUAUUUGCUAAGAUCGCAGAAUUGGGGAACAUUGCGGAAAAGUGGCUGUUAUCCACUACAUGAAUUGCAUAUAGCCUAAAUUGGGAUCAUAGAGUUUUUUUUCGUAGUGUGACGUGAAAUAAACUUCCAUGAUAGUCGUCACACAGUCUUGUGUGCUGCGUAUUUGAAGACCUAUUGAAGCGAAACACUGCCUUAAAAGUGCAUCGUCUUAAUGAAAUCUGCAUUAUAGUGUCAAUUCUAUUGAGAACCAGUAGCUGCUCACCAGCGCCGUUUUUCCAAAAACAACCCUAAUUUCAGCAGAAAAACCUGUCAUAUGCACAGUAUUUCACAUUUAGACGAGCUAAUUGGCUAAAUUAGCUACGAAUGCACUUAAUGUUCUCAGAUCUUUUUAGCCUUUACAGCCUCCUCAUGUCAGUCUCAGCUCUGCACCUCUUUUCAAAUGUUGCCUUCUGUAUCUGCAGCUGAGAGACAUCACAGUUUUCACAUUGACUUUAGGCACUAGCAUCAUGGCAACAUACACUAAGAAGUAACACUUCUUGAUGUUUGGUAAAAGCUCUUGAUUAAAUCCAGAUCUUUGGUCUCAGGAACGUGUAGCCGUGAUAGAAGCUCUCAUCAUACACGAGUCUCCGAUUUGCUCUGCGGUGGCAACUUGGGCCUGCUUUCCAAACACUUUCCUCUGAACGCUCACACACAUACUUCAUUAUUUACAUGCACGAAUUUUAGAAGACUUGUUUGCAUGCACAGAGGGGUGUUGGUGUAUUAAUAAUGCUUAAAAUCGACCCUCUAUCCCAGCUACACUGAUCAGAGCAUGAAGAACUAAAGCUUACAGUGUCCACAUGUAUCAGGUUUGUUAGGUUUGCAUCAGCGGUGUUAAUACAGCCAACAUAUAUUAACUGUUGUGAUGUUUUGUGAUUGUUUUUUCCCCCCGUCAAGAUAGAAGCUUCACUACCUUUUAUUUCCUUCAGUGACCUUUGACACCCUGCUGCAUUUUUAUACUUUUUUAUGGUUUGUUUAUGGCACCUAAAAAGUAAAAAGGUUUCGGGGGUUAAUUUUCCACUGCAGAGCUGCUUUACACCAGCACGUCAACCAGAGUCAGAUUCCAUCUGCAGUUAUUAGUGUUGCAAUCGCCUUUUGAUUUGUCCUUUUUAUUUUACUUUUUUAAUAUAAUGUGGACCUUGUGAAAAAGUCCUUUCAUUUUAAUGUUGUAGAAUCUGUCAGAAUAUCUGUUAGAGUCCAGAAACCCUUUGCUUCACUGCCAGAUUCAGAGUUUCCAAGCAUCCUGAUUAUCUUCAAGGCUGGAUUUACACAGGUGCAAAUAAUUCAAAUUUUACCCAUUUUAUUUGGUCUGUUCUCCUAUAUAAUGUUUCCCUUAGUGUAUAUUUUUAGGCUACAAACAUUCAAAAAAAUUCUUGUAAAUAUACGGACGCUCACUUGAUUUAUUAGUUCGAAUUUUGUAAAUGAAAAACGACAAUUUCAGUGUUUAUUAAUUGCAGAGGUUUUUUUUUUACGGAACAAGGUUUCGUCUGUGUGUCGACAGCUUGAAUUUAAUGUGGCAGUUGUGUGUAUCUGUAUCAUGUUGUCACACAGUCCUCAGAGACACACACACACACACACAGAUAGGUGAAAUGAAUCGGUUGGAAUCAGAUGAAAAUAUUACAUUUCUGUAUCUGUGUAAAUGCAGCCAAAGAUCAUUAUUAGUUCAAUGUAAUGGUGAAUAACUUAACUCCACUAAAUUAAACAUUAAAGUCUCUGAGAUGCUUUUGGAAAGGUUCCAGCAGGUCUUGGUUGGCGGUUUUCUAAAGCUGUGCGUCUAUUUUAAAUCCUGGCCUUUAUUAUUCUUAUUAUACACAUUUGUACACUUGGACUUAUUUACCCAAGCACACAUACAUACAAAAAUCUGUCCAUUUUAAAGAUUUCUUUUCCUUUACGAGCUAUGGAUUUUAAUCUAUACCCUUUUUAUAGACGCUCUUGGGGUCUUUUCUAAGCAAGCGGAGUAGUCAUAUUGUUUGAAUAAUGUUUGUGGUGAAGCUACAGUGGUGGAAGCAUCUGUAGCGACAAGUAAUGUGUAUUUUACUUUGUCCUUGUUUUGAGGGACGUCAGCCUACAGUAUGUUUUCAAUGUUUUUGUCUUUUUUUUUUUAAGGCUGAUAUCCUCACGCCAAACCCUGGGACUCAAGUCUAUAAGGCUCUGGUGCAAUAAGGGGAGGUUUUUAAAAAAUAAAAAAAAGUGGAAAUUGAAGCACACCUGUUGUAUAUCUGUUUGUUUGUUUUUUUGCAUAUUAAAAGAAGUUGAGAAUUCUCAAUAUGAAGAGAUAAUGACUUGCUGUUUUGAUUCAGGAAUGUGCUGUACAUAUCCAUUGAUUAAAUUGACUUUUUUG